AUGAACAUGUUCCACGUCAAUCCCGCCAAUCCUGCAGACGACUUUAUGCUCCUCUCGCCACUGGAUCCAGAUCACGGAUUGAGCACCUAUCAAUGUUACGAGAUGAGAGGGAAAUACUAUUUCUGUCCGAAAUGUGGCGUGAGGUGUUUCACGUUUGGUGGUGUCGGCGAGACCAUUUUUGUUGAUUUGGGAAAGAUCGAAGUUGGCGAUGGCAAGCAACUUGAACGGAAGAGAGAAGUAUGGCAUGCCAAAUGGGAUGGAGAGGAGGAGCCCAUACCGUAUCUUUCUGUCAAUGGGACGGCGAUUGAUUAUCGAGAGGAUUUCGAUCUACGUGUGCUCACCGAGCAGAAGAGAGUGCAGUAUUUUGAUGAUCGAAGUGAGCCUGAGGAGAAGAAGAAGCCGGCCAGAUGGGAUCGACCUCACUAUGGUGGAAGUUAUUGA